GUAGAGUCAAACGUAGGAACGUGGAUAUCAAAGAGCACGUCGAGAAUAUAUGCUUGAGGACCUGGAAGUUCGCAAAGUUUGGAGUGCAGUUUACAUUUUUCAUCAUGGUCAAAGACGGGCAUUCUGCUGAGGCCAAGGAUACCAGAUGUCUAAGUGAGCUGGAUACAGCAUUACUGUUGCUCCCAGAAAAGCUUCAACAUAGAUUGAUGCCAUUUCAGAAAGAAGGCAUAAGAUUUGCUAUUUCCAGACAUGGCAGGUGCAUGAUUGCUGAUGAGAUGGGUCUUGGAAAAACACUUCAAGCAAUCUCAGUGGCAUAUAUAUAUAAAGAGGAUUGGCCCUUGUUAAUAGUUGUGCCAUCAUCAUUGAAGUAUCCUUGGAUUGAAGAAAUUGAGAAAUGGUUUCCUGAGUUAAUCCCAGAUGAUAUUAAUCUUGUAGAGAGUAAAGCAGAUACUGGGAGAAUUUCUACAAGCAAAGUUACAAUAUUAGGAUAUGGACUUCUGACUAGUGACGCCACUACCUUGAUACAUACUCUUCAUAAACAGAACUUCAAAAUUAUUGUAGUGGAUGAAUCACAUUACCUGAAGUCAAGAAAUGCGGCUCGCAGUAAAAUUCUGGUACCCAUGUUGCAAAAGGCCAGUCGAGCCAUUCUUCUUACAGGAACACCUGCUCUUGGAAGACCUGAAGAGCUUUUUAUGCAGAUUGAUGCCCUCUAUCCCAAGAAAUUUGGAACAUGGUUUGAUUUUGCAAAAAAAUAUUGCAAUGCACAUGUAAGGUUUUUUGGCAGCAAACGUCAGUGGGACUGUAGGGGAGCCUCAAACCUUGAUGAGUUACACCAUAAGUUGAAUGAAAUAAUGAUACGUCGCCUAAAAGAUCAAGUUUUAACACAGCUUCCUUCCAAAAUAAGGCAACGUAUUCCUUUUGACCUUAUGAAAGAAACUGCUAAAGAAGCAUGUGCCAGCUUUGAGGAGUGGGAGAAAUUAAUGAGGGCACAGAAUUUGGGUACAGCAGGGAUUGAUAACCCCUUUGUUGAAGUAAUGGGGCUCAUUACAAGAAUGUACAAACAGACUGCCAUUGCCAAGGCAGGUGCCGUAAAGGAUUACAUCAAAAUGAUGCUAGAAAAUGAUCAUUUAAAAUUUUUAGUUUUUGCUCAUCAUCUUGUGAUGCUCCAAGCUUGCACAGAAGCAGUCAUUGAAGCAAAGGCUCGCUAUAUUCGUAUAGAUGGAAGUGUACCCUCUUCAGAAAGGAUUCAUCUUGUACAUCAAUUUCAGAAUGAUCCAGAAACCAGAGUGGCUAUUUUGAGUAUACAGGCAGCUGGGCAGGGAUUAACAUUCACGGCUGCUACUCAUGUUGUAUUUGCUGAGCUUUACUGGAACCCAGGACACAUUAAACAGGCUGAGGACAGAGCACAUCGAAUUGGCCAGACCAGCUCUGUCCAUAUUCACUACCUCAUAGCUAAAGGAACUUUUGAUACAGUGAUGUGGGCAAUGUUAAACAGAAAGGAAGGAGUCACAGGUAAUACCCUAAAUGGAAAAAAGGAACAACUGAAAGCAGAAAUUGAGGACAGUGAUAAGUGGGAGUUCCUAAAUUUUUCUUCUGCAUGGAUGCCAAGUGAGAACCUUCUGGAUGAUGAUGCAAACAACAAGCAAGAGGUCUUUUUCUCUCAUCUUGAUAAAGAAAAACAGCAUGAUAUACGAAGCUUCUUCUCACCAAGUCAGAAAAAGGAAAAUAAGAGAAAAAGAAACAGCAUUGAUUCAUUUCCUUGCCCAUCCUCAAAUGUAGGUAACAUAAAAGAUGAACAAGAUAAAGAAAAGGCUUAUGGAAACAGUUCUAGUGCCUGUGAGGAAGAAGUCACCAAUGACAAUAUAGAUGACACAGACUUUGAACAGGAAACCAAAAGACUAAAAUAUGUUAGUGAUUCUGAAACUAAAUGUUUCAUUGAAGCAAAGAAGAUACAGUUUUUUGAAAAGUCUACAGGUGUUCUGCAUGCCAUGCCACACAAAUCACAGCAAACUUCAGCAUUCCCCAUGUUGCCAUCAGCUACAAAACAGUGGAACUGUGCUGCCUGUACAUACAGUAAUAACUGCUUAUUGUCCUACUGUGAGAUAUGUGAGACUCCUCGAAAUAACAGUAGACACUCUUGUCAAGACUUCAAAGGAAGUCUCAAAGCCUGCUCCGGAAGAAAUGAGUCUUUGCUGGAAGGCACAAUUCAUCGCUCCAUGCAGCACAACUGUGAACUUAUUUCUGAUUCAAAUCACAUCAGUGACUAUGGAAUGCUUUCUGAUUCUUUGAAAGCCACUGAGACAGAGAAAGAGAAAACAGACCCACUCUGUUUGAAGCAAUCUGAGAUCAAUAAAUCAUCUGCAUCUGUUUUUGAUGAAACCACAACCAAUUGUACUGAGGACUACAGUGAUCCAGUUUAUGAAGGUUUACUAUUCAGUGGUAGCAGAAAUACAGACAGGAUUUACCUCUACACUAAGGAUAAAGAACCAAUGAACUCUAAUUUUGUUCCAUUGGAUGUACAAUUAGAAAACUGGGAGGAUUUACCAGAUAUAUUUAAAAAGAAUCAAGUUAAAGUACAGAUCCUGAGAUUUCUUAGAGAGUGGAACACCAUGACAGCUAUGAAGCAACGAAUCUUGAGAAGAAAUGGGAUCAUUUUCCACAGCCCACUUUUAGCCUUAGAAGAUAUUACAAAGAAUCAGAGGAGACAGAGCUGUACUAAGAGAUAUGUUACCAAAGCAGAUGUGGCACAAGCCUCUAUCAGCAAAGUACAGAAGGAUGGAGGAAGUGUCCGGAUUGUGGCCAAGGAGAUGAGACUUUCAAGUCAGAAGAAAAACAUGAAAGCUGACUGGACUAAAGAAGAAGGAGAUGGAUGUAAUGGCAAAGACUCUGCUGCCCCAGAGACUGCUCACGAAUCCCUGCAAGCCACUGAUAUUCAAGAACAGGGUUUUGCUCAGGCUGUAGACCUAGAGGGCAAGCCACUGUGUCUCUAUUGCCAACAGCCUACCGUGGAUGUGCAAAACAAAGAGCAGAUUGCCAGCUGGGACACACGCUUCUGCUCUCAGGUCUGUCAAGAGGAGUUUUUGAUACGAUCCAAUCAGUCCUUUAUGAGAGCCAAGGUCUUUGAAACUGAGCAUGGAAUCUGUCAGCAGUGUGGUCUCAAUGCCCAGGAGCUGUUUUUGCGCAUUCGAGACUCCCCUCUCAUUAACAGGAAGGCGAUCCUGGAGAACACGUGGAUGGCACGGCUGUCUCUCACUCAGCUUAAUGAGAUCAUCCGGAACCCAACAGAAGGGCUAUUCUGGCAGAUUGACCACAUCAGGCCCGUGUACGGUGGCGGUGGACAGUGUUCUCUGGACAACCUGCAGACACUGUGCACCGUGUGCCACAAGGAGAGGACUGCUAAACAAGCCAAAGAAAGAAGUCAAAUGAAGAGAAGUGUAGCUGCGUCUAAAUUUACUUCUGAUAUCACAAGGUUUUUAGUGAAGAAAAAGGAGUGACUGUUUGAAUGAGAGCCCUCCUCUGGAGGUGCUGUCCAAGGUAACUCUGAUCAAAUCCAAACUUGGGAAGAAAUGGCGUAUGUCAAACCUGCCUGUUUUAGUAUUUUAAUUCUCAAAAUGUGAUGUUCAAGUCAACCAAAACACCAACACAUUCAGCUGGAAAUAAAAGAGCAGUGGCCAGCCGGAGUGUUUGCACUAGCUUACUUCAUUUUCAAAUGCUGUGUUUUAAAUUUAUAAUAAAAAUCAUCUGUGGAAAAAGGAAAA